AUGACAGCGGGUUCAUCUUCCAGAACGGCCGGAGGCGUCUUCGGCAUGUUUGGCGCAGCCGCACAACAUCUUAACGCUCAGGAUCAAAACAGCAAUGCUUUCGCCUCCAGCUCUGGCGCUUCCAUCUGGGACGAGCCCGGCCGAACCAUGGAUCUCGUCUUUAUCAUGGACGCAACAGGCUCUAUGGGCAGCUACAUCAACUCGGCCACCAAAAACAUCGAGACCAUCUGCGAGAACAUCAUUCACUCCGAACAGCUCAGCGGUCCAGGUGCACUCCGUAUCGGUCUCAUCGCCUACCGCGAUCACCCACCGCAGGAUCACACCUACAUUGUCAAAAACUUUGGAUUCCACAACAAGGUCGAAAACGUCAAAGAAGCUCUGAAGACUUUGUAUGCUUCGGGAGGAGGAGACGGGCCUGAAGCGGUCACAGCGGCGAUGAAGGCUGCGCUUGAUCUUGAUUGGCGCCCGCAUGCGACCAAGUUGGCGGUGUUGAUUGCUGAUGCUCCGCCACAUGGGAUUGGCGAGUAUGGCGAUGGAUUCCACGAUGGGUCGCCCGAUGGCGAGGACCCGCUACGACUUGCAAGACAGUACGCCAAAGUAGGUAUCCCACUCUUCAUGAUUGCAUGCGAACCAGCAUUGUCGGGCUACCAGCAUGCUGCCGACUUUUACCAAGGACUUGUCCGGAUCACGGGUGCUAUGCUCGUUCCCCUCACCACCGCCAGUUUGCUCAGCCACGUCAUCUUGGGCAUUGCAGGAGAAGCGAUGGAUCUGGAGAGGUUACAUCGUGAGAUUGGCGAUGCUAUCGCAGAACGCAUUCAGUCGCUCAGCUUGGAAGGCGGACAGAACAACCCCAUGGAUGACGUAGCUCGAGAACUGCACGAGCGUUUACUGCUGCGCAACGAAAACACAAAACAGCUCUACAUCGAAAGCAUCUACCGAGACACCGAAGAGUCUCGUCACAACAUUCAAGUUUGGGCCACUGCACCGGAUCUUGCUACCGCCAAGCCCAACAUUAAGCGUGUUGCUGGAUCGAGGCUUAGUGAUAAGUAUUUGCAGACUAGGAGGGCUACUUCGUCGUAUAAGCCCUACGUGCCUUUCCCUAAGCCACCUGGCGGAAGUAGCAGUGCGGGUGCGUUUGGUGGAUCUACAUCAACAUCUAGCUUGUCACCGAACCCAGCUGGGAGCAGAAAAGUAGUGACCGAAUUCAGCGCAUUCAGCGCCUCACCCGGGAUGAGUUUCCAACACACCGGUUCACCUCCUUCCACCUCCACCCCCACUUUUGGUAGUGGAUCGAACAGCGUUUCUCCACGGAUCCAUAACGGUGAAUUCGGAUCCAAAGGCCCUGAAGGGUUCGCAUACCGCAGUCGAGACGCAGUAAUGAUGGACGAUGACGACGAUGAUGAUGCCCUACGACUUGACAACGAGAGGGUGGUGGAAGAAGAGGCGAAAGAUUCGAAAGCAUUGCCGGUGGCAGUAAGUGCAGAUGGAGUAAUCGAAGUACAAGGGGAGGACGGACAGACGUUGGCGUAUCGACAAGGAGCGAUUUCGUUGGAUCAGGUGAGGAGGUUGGCUAUGCAAUCUGCGCAUCGUGGUGGGUUGGCUUCCGAAUGA